AUGGCUGAUCUUGCGAGCCGAAUCACAAAGCCCGAUGAGGCUGCCACGGAUGCUCCAGCUCCAGCUCCAGCUGAAGACGCUCCCGCCGCUUCUGCUGAGCUUGGCCAGGCCGACGGCACUAUCGAAGAGCUGGGUGGCUCUGGCCUCCAGGAGCCCGAAUGGGAUGUUGAAGUCUCCCUGAGCGAACUCCAGAACAAUGAGGCUACCCCAUUCCAUUCUGCCACUACUUGGCAAGAUCUUGGCCUCCGUGAGGACAUCCUGAAGGGUCUCCUCUCCCUCAACUUCUUGAAGCCUUCCAAGGUUCAGGGAAAAUCACUCCCUCUGAUGCUCAGCGACCCCCCACGAAAUAUGCUGGCGCAAUCUCAGUCUGGUACUGGCAAAACUGCUGCCUUUGUCACCGCGAUAUUGUCGCGAGUCGACUUCAGCAGGCCUGACCAGCCUCAAGCCUUGGCUCUUGCGCCCAGUCGAGAGCUGGCCCGACAGAUCGAAGGAGUAGUCAACGCCAUCGGACGUUUCAUUGAGAAUAAGAAGGUUGCUGCUGCGAUCCCUGGUGUCCUGCCCCGUGGAGAGCCUGUCAGAGCCAGUGUCAUUGUCGGUACCCCUGGCACAGUGAUGGACAUCAUCCGACGUCGACAGCUGGAUAUCUCACAGCUUCGCGUUCUGGUUCUCGACGAGGCCGAUAACAUGCUAGACCAGCAAGGUCUUGGCGACCAGUGCCUAAGAGUCAAGAACAUGCUGCCCAACGACAUUCAGGUUCUCCUUUUCUCUGCCACAUUCCCCGAGAACGUCAUGAAGUAUGCCGGAAAGUUUGCACCAAAUGCGCACAGCCUUAAAUUGCAACGCAGUGAGCUCACCGUCAAGGGCAUCUCUCAAAUGUUCAUUGACUGCCCUGACAACAACAUGAAGUACGACAUUCUUUGCAAACUUUACGGUUUGAUGACCAUCGGCCAGUCGGUCAUUUUCGUCAAGACUCGAGAAAGCGCCAAUGAGAUUCAGCGACGAAUGGUUGCAGACGGGCACAAGGUCUCUGCCCUUCACGCCGCAUUCGAUGGAUCUGAGCGAGACGACCUUCUGGCCAAAUUUCGCCAGGGUGAGAACAAGGUCCUUAUUACCACCAACGUUCUGGCCCGUGGUAUCGAUGUUUCCAGUGUGUCCAUGGUUAUCAACUAUGACAUCCCCAUGAAGGGACGCGGCGAUACCGAACCUGACGCCGAGACUUACCUGCACCGUAUUGGCCGAACUGGCCGAUUUGGCCGUGUCGGUGUCAGCAUCAGCUUCGUUUACGAUAAGAAGAGUUACGAUGCCUUGAGUAAGAUUGCCGAGAUGUAUGGUAUCGACCUGGUCAAGCUGGAUACAGAGGAUUGGGACGAGGCCGAGGAGCGUGUUAAGGAGGUCAUCAAGAAGAACAGAGCCCAGGCUUCUUAUGCUCCCAGUGCCACUGAGCCUAAGUCUUCCGCGGGUACUUAG